AUGGCUUGCGUGGCCCAAAGAACUCGGAGCCGAAAAUCUCGACCGGAUUAUAACCCAAUCAUCCGUAAACCCCCGGCGAUCCCUAGCAGUGCCGUCGAUAUUCCUUCUUCGCCGUCGGGAUCAGCCUCCGUUAUUGCUCUAGAUGACUUCGACGACGAGAACUUGGAGGAAGUUAAUUCGAAACACGUGAUAAGCUUCAAAGAUUCCUUCAAUUGCGAUUUGGCUUCUACAAAUUAUUGUGCCACCGCAGCGCCUGAUAACAGAGCUUAUACUACUAAUAGAGCAACAUCAGAGCCUUCCCAUUUUGAUCUAAAGUCGAGGGCUUCUUGUGUUGCGAAAAGAACCCGUUUGCAGAUUGGUUUUCUUUCUCGUUUUUCUUACACCCGGUUCUACGAAGACAAGGUUUCAGAUGAUGAUGAAGAACAAGUAGUUGGCUUUUCAAAUUCGGAAACUGGUUAUGAAAUUGAGAAUGAGAAAGAUGACGCAAUGGAUACUUUGCCAAAGAGACCAGUUAAUGGAAAACUUGAGAAAUUUAAUUGGGUGGAAAUUUUGGAUUUGCCUGGAAGGGAGAUUAUUGCAGGGUUAUCUUCUUCUGAUGUGUCUGAAGAGAAUGAGAGGGGCUUUGGCAGUUUAAAUAAGUUUAAUUCAGCUAAGAAGGCACGGAUAGCUAGCAAGAGAGUGAUUGCUAAUCCGUCGAAGGAUAAUAAGUUCCUCAAAUAUUUACUAGAUUCCAUCUUUGUUCAGGCAGAGGAGGUUUGUCGUGAUGAGAACAGAGAUGUGGAGCUUGUGGAGGAUUAUCCAUUGUUGUUCUCCUUCAAAGAAGAAGACACAAAACUGACCUGGAAAUCUCCGUGCAAGGAUAUGUCGGAUGAAUUGUGGACUGAGUUCGAUUUUGCUCUGCAAUCAGUCAAUGUUGGUGAUUAUGGAAAUGAUGAGCUUCCUGAGGAUCAUCUUUGUUCAAAAGGAGAGCACGAGUUUGUUCUUGAUGACCAAAUUGGCAUAAUUUGCAAGUUUUGCUCUUUUGUGCGAGACAAAAUUAAUUUCAUUCUACCAUCACUGGCAAAACAUGGCGCAGAAUCUAAAUCCAACAAAAAUUUUGCCAUCAAAUUUAACUCAUGGAACUUCAACAAUAUGUUUAUUGAUCAGAGAAAUGAUUCCAACAUAAACGAUUCUGAUCUUCUUACCGGAACUGUAUGGGACCAUAUUCCUGGAGUGAGCAAAACACUAUAUGAACAUCAGAAAGAAGCAUUUGAAUUCAUCUGGAAAAAUUUAGCUGGAAGCAUUCAUCUCCAUGAAUUGAAGCCUCAUCCAGGCAGCUCUCAUCUUGGUGGAUGUGUGAUUUCGCAUGCUCCAGGAACAGGAAAAACCAGAUUAACAAUAGUUUUCAUCCAAUCUUUCCUCCAACAAUUUCCUCAAUGCAGACCUCUCAUCAUUGCCCCCCGUGGAAUGCUCCUCACAUGGGAGAAUGAAUUUAAGAAAUGGAAAGUAAACCUCGCUUUUCAUAACCUUAACUUGAAGGAUUACUAUCAAAACGAAGCUGAUUCCAUGAUUAAGUCAUCAAAGAAAGAAUGGAUUCGACUUUUGAAGCUGUGUUCAUGGCAAAGAAAUGGCGGUGUUCUUGCCAUAAGUUACACAUUGUUCGCAAAACUUACAACUGGGGGUUAUGCUAAUAGCUCUGAAGGUGCCACGGUAAGUACAGCACUGCUGAAGAAACCAGGACUCAUUAUAUUUGAUGAGGGACACACACCUAGGAAUGAUUUAAGCCUCAUUUGGCAGGCAAUUGAGAGAGUAGAAACUAAAAACCGAAUCAUUCUUUCUGGAACACCAUUUCAAAACAAUUUAAGGGAGCUUUCCAAUACGUUGUGCCUUGUUCGGCCUAACCUUGGUAACAUUUUAUCUAAUAUUGUCAAUCCAUUACGUAUGAAGGAUGCGGACAUUUUUCGUGGAAGGAAUCGAGGGAAAAUAAAGUUGAAAUAUUGGAGUAAGAACAGCAAUUUUGUCGAUUCUUCAAAAAUUGCAAAACUUAAAGCUGCAAUCAAGCCAUUUGUGCAUGUUCAUAAUGGUAAUAUCCUUGCUACUCUUCCUGGUUUGCAAGAAUGUUUGAUUCUUCUUAAUCCUCACAAAAACCAGAAAAACAUCAUUGAAAAACUGGAUCGGAAAUCCAGCUUUGAUGUUGAGGUCGAGUACAAACUAUGCAUGGCUUCCAUACAUCCUUCUCUCAUGACUUCUGUUAAAUUAUCAGAGCAGGAAAGAUCAGUAAUUGAUGUGAAUUUGUUGCAGAAAUGGAAAUUGAAUCCUAAUUUUGGCGUCAAAACCAAGUUCGUAAUAGAACUCGUACGGCUAUCUCAAGCACUGAAUGAGAAGGUGUUGGUGUUUUGUCAAUAUGUCGAGCCAUUGAUGUUACUAAGGGAUCAACUCAUCAAAACAUUCGAUUGGACUGAUGGCAAACAUAUCCUGAAAAUGGAUGGUUCGGUCCCUUCAAAAUCUCGUCAAUCAUUAAUGGAUUUUUUCAAUGAUUUAGGGAGCGAGGCGAGAAUUUUGCUUGCCUCAACCAAAGCUUGUUCUGAAGGCAUUAGUCUUGUGGGGGCUUCAAGAGUUGUUCUGCUAAAUGUUUUGUGGAAUCCCUCUGUAGAAAGGCAAGCUUUAAGCAGAGCGUAUAGAAUUGGACAGCUUAGAGUAGUCUAUACUUAUCAAUUGAUAAUGUCUGGGUGUGGUGAAAGAGAGAAAUAUAGUAAACAGGUUCAGAAAGAUAAGUUAUCUGAAUUGUUGUUCUCUGUAGAAUAUGUGAGCGAUAAAAUUGCUCACAAUUCAUGUAAAGUUGACAAGGAGCGCACAUCUAAGUUGAUUUCAGAAGAUAAAAUUUUGGAAGGGAUGACUGCAAAUGUGGAGCUGAAAGAUAUGUUUAUAAAUUUAUAUUUUCCAGUUAAGAAAUCAGCUGCUAUGGGAGCAUUCAAGGAAGAUGGUGUGGAUGCAAGCUGAUUUGGAAGGCCAGUAAGUAGAAUGAUCUAACAGGAGUAAUUUGCAGAUGAUUCAUUUAUUUAUUUUUGGCUGUGAUACAUGGGCUUUUGUGUUCUUGUUUUGA